AUGAUCGAGCUGGGCCUCGCUGACGGCAGCUUAAUCGACGAGCUGAUCGAGCUGACGGCCCAGAGCCUCGGCAGCCUGGAGAUCAAGGAACACUUCAACAUCAUCAAGGAGAUCGGCCGAGGGAAAUAUGGAAAAGUGCUGCUGGUCACUCAUCGCUUCAGGGGAACUCCCAUGGCCUUGAAAGUGAUGCCCAAAGCCUCCACUAAGCUGCAGGGCUUCCUGCGGGAGUACUGCAUCUCGCUGCACCUGUCGCGCCACCCCUGCAUCGUGGGCCUCUUCGGCAUCGCCUUCCAGUCCAACGAGCACUACUGCUUCGCCCAGGAGCUCGUCAUCGGCAGGGACCUGUUCGCGGUCAUCCAGCCCAAGGUGGGAAUCCCUGAGACGUCGGUGAAGCGCUGCGUCCUGCAGAUCGCCAGCGCUCUGGAGUUCAUCCACAGCCACGGCCUGGUGCACCGCGACGUCAAGCCGGAAAACAUCCUCCUGCUGGACACUCACUGCCGCCAGGUCAAGCUGGCGGACUUCGGCCUGGCCCAGAAGCGCGGCACCCUGAUCCGCUACAUCACGGGAACGCUGCCCUACAUGGCGCCGGAACUGUGCUCGGUGGCGCUGCUGGAGGGCCAGCGGGAGGUGAGCGCCCCUCCCCUCAGCGUGGAGCCCGGUCUGGACACCUGGGCCUUCGGGGUGGUCAUCUUCUGCAUCCUCACCGGGUACUUCCCCUGGGAGCGCUGCACGGACUCCGACGACUUCUACCAGGAGUUCGCCGACUGGUGCCGGGCGGAGGACAGGCCCGACGGCGAGGACGACGUCCCUCCGCUGUGGAGACGGUUCACCCCCGACGCCUUGCAGAUGUUCGCCAAGCUUCUGGAUCCAGAUGUAGGAAAGAGGGUCACGGUGGGGGAGGUGAGGGCCUAUGUGGACAAGGACUGGUUGAAGAAGGUCCAGAGUGGAGAGCAGGGUACAUCCUGUGACUCUGGGAGCAGCAAGGUGGACAAAUAG